AUAAACAUUCAACACAGAUAACAUCGAAUGUCUAAUGUCGGUGCUUCACUUCGAUAAACACAGCAACACCUUCCUCAUCGGUAUCGGCGAGAACCUCUACCAGUACUCAAACAACCAGACAACAUUCCUGACAAAAUGUGGGGAGUAUCUGGACAUUCCAGCUCCUGAACAAGAGAUUAAGGAGAACAAGAGAGCCCCACGUGCCGAGGGAAAUGCCUACAUAACAGGAGUAGCGUCUUGUGAGGAAUGUGUAGCUGUUAUCAGCAACAAUAAGAUUGUGGAGACGUUUAACAGGCAGUUUCAGAAGCAGGCAUCUGUUGUGGCGAUGAAGCGUCCUACAUCAGUGCAAGUGACCAAUAAGAACGUAGUUAUCAGUGAUAAGUCAGGUGAUGCCCAUUCCUACGAUCUGAGUCUGGCCAAUCAGAAGUAUUUGUUGGGUCACGUGAGUGUUGUCAUGGACACGGUCAUGACACCCGACCACAAGUUUCUUAUCACCUGCGACAGAGAUGAAAAGAUAAGAAUAUCCCAUUUCCCCAACUGUUACAAUAUCGAGGCCUACUUGCUGGCCCACCAAGAGUACGUACUGAAGAUACUUCUCCUCUCUCCAAACACUCUUCUCUCAGUUGGCGGUGAUCAGAACCUCCUCCUCUGGGACCUAACAUCAAAAACCCUCCUCCAAACCGUCUCCAGUACCAAGGGAGACUUCACCUCCGUCACCUACACUUCCCCCUACCUCAUCACCUGCAACCUCAGUCACGUGACUGUUUACAAACUUACAAACAACACUCUAGCACAAGUAUCAGAGCUCACUUUAGACCAUGGUAUUGUGAGUCUAGCAGCGUCGGACAGUCACGUGGUUGUUCUGACAAGGAAAGUACCGAGCACAAAGUUAGCAUUAUAUCAGUUUAGCGAGGGGGUGAUGUCAAGUUUGGGGGAGAUUGAGGGUGAGUUUGAUUUGUCUAAAUGUGUGGAAACCCCGCUGCCUGAGAAGAUUAAAACGGGGAGGACUGCUGGGUUUGCGGGCUAUUUUGAGAGAAAAAGGAAGAGGAUAGAGGAGGAAGCGCUCAAGGAAGAGACGAGACAAGUGAAAUUAAAUAGUUGAGAUGUUUGGGAUAUUUUUAGCGGUUUUGUUUAUGUGAAGUUGAGUUCAUUAUAUUGUACUGAUGUGGUUUUACUAAAUUAUAAUUUAUUAACACAGUUAUAAUGAUUCUUUUAUUCAGUUA